UCUUUUCCGCUUCUCAUCCGGAGAAACGUGGUCUUAACUGGCAAAUUAAUAUUUAGUCGCCAAAAACGAUUUAGCGUGUUAAAUUUUGUUUACUCAAUUGCUGCUGAUCCAGAAUGGCUCCCAGGAAGGCUAAAGUUCAGAAGGAGGAGGUGCAGGUCCAGCUGGGCCCCCAGGUUCGCGAGGGCGAGAUCGUCUUCGGAGUGGCCCACAUCUACGCCAGCUUCAACGACACUUUCGUGCACGUUACCGAUCUGUCCGGCCGUGAAACCAUUGCCCGUGUCACCGGAGGCAUGAAGGUGAAGGCCGAUCGUGACGAGGCUUCGCCCUACGCCGCUAUGUUGGCUGCCCAGGACGUGGCUGAGAAGUGCAAGCUGCUGGGAAUCACUGCCCUGAACAUCAAGCUGCGCGCUACCGGCGGCAACAAGACCAAGACCCCCGGACCCGGUGCUCAGUCCGCUCUGCGUGCCCUGGCCCGUUCGUCCAUGAAGAUUGGCCGCAUCGAGGACGUGACCCCCAUCCCAUCCGACUCUACCCGCAGGAAGGGCGGUCGCCGUGGUCGUCGUCUGUAAAAAUGUACGCCUGAUUGUUUUGGCCAUGCGUUAUUUUUUUAUACUAUGAAUUACAGCAUAAAUAUAGAAUAAAAAAUGGAAAUGCAGUGGAAA